AUGUUUGGUCUGGAUCACAUGCUGAAGGAGGACUGGAGUGGCUUCUACAGCCAGGGAUACAUGUACUUCGACAACUGCUCCACUCUUCUACUACCCAAGGUGUACUACACAGACUUCAGCCCCUAUCAGCCUCUCAUCAGCCCACAGGAUAUAGGUGCAGUGGCCAAGGCUUGGUCCGACAGCCCCUACCUGUUUAUAGUGAAGGUACAGCCGCAGCAGCGUGGAGAUGCCAGCGGGGGGCGCCCUGGAGCAGAGGAGGAGGAGCCUAACGAUGUCCAGGGGAACUUGGCCUUUAUCAUUCUACAUGGUGAUGUGUAUAGUGUCGUGUUCUUCGGGGCGCUCUGGCUCUUCUGGUCGGCCUGUUACUGGAAAGAUCUGUUGAGGAUUCAGUUCUGGAUCGGAGGAGUGAUCAUCCUGGGCAUGCUGGAGAAGGCCGUCUUCUACUCCGAGUACCAGAGCAUCCGCUACAGAGGAGACUAUGUCCAAGGUGCUGUAAUCUUUGCAGAGUUGCUGUCUGCUCUGAAGAGAUCUCUGGCUCGUAUUCUGGUGCUCAUAGUCAGUCUGGGCUAUGGUAUCGUCAAACCCAGGCUGGGCACCACAGUCCACCGGCUAGCAGCAGUAGGCCUGCUCUACCUGCUCUUCUCCUCCGUGGAGGGAGUGCUGCGCGUCACAGGAGGUUUCUAUGGGACCGUAGCCCUGGUGGCUAACCUGAGUCUCUCUCUCAUUGACUCCUGUGUGAUGUGGUGGAUCUUCAUAAGCUUGUCCCAGACCACUCGUCUUCUGAAGCUGCGUAGGAACGUGGUGAAGCUGUCUCUGUAUCAGCAUUUCACCAACACACUCAUCUUCUCUGUUCUGGCUUCUAUUAUCUUCAUCAUCUGGACGACCAAAGUGUUUAAGCUGGUCGACUGCCAGACGGGUUGGAGGGAUUUGUGGGUAGACGAUGCCUUCUGGCGCCUCCUCUUUUCCACCAUCCUCCUGGUCAUCAUGGUGUUGCUACGACCCUCCGCCAACAGCCAGAGGUUCUCCCAUUCCCCUCUGAUCGAUGAAGACGAUGAGGAGGACGAAGCCAAGGAACCCAUGCUGAAUGAAGCCUUUGAGGGGAUGAAGAUGAGAGGCACCAAGGCUGAGACUAAUGGAUCCCAGUCACAGAAACUACUCAGUAAAGAGGAUGAAGACCUGAAAUGGGUUGAGGAGAACAUUCCCACGACUGUCGCUGAUGUAGCCCUCCCAGUAAUGCUUGACGAAGAGGAGGAAAUUCUGAAAACCAAGAUGGAGAGAUCCAAAAUGGAAUGACCGAGUGGAGGGGUUUCACCGAGUGGAGGGGUUUCACCGAGUGGAGGGGUUUCACCGAGUGGAGGGGUUUCACCGAGUGGAGGGGUUUCACCGAGUGGAGGGGUUUCACCGAGGCAGCCAUGACCCAUCAGAUCCUAUAUUUAUAACACUUUUAUGUUCCUUCAUUUUGAGCACCGCCAUGCAGCCGCUAAUAAACUCUACGGCUUUGCCAAAUGACCCCCUAUUCCCUCUGUAGUGCACUACUGUUGACCAGGGCCCAUAGGGUAGUGUACUACUGUUGACCAGGGCCCAUAGGGUAGUGCACUA